GUGAUGGGUGGAGCCAUGGCAAGCAAAAGUGUCGUGAAGGGUGGGGCCAUUGCAACCAAAGGUGUUGUGAUGGGCGGAGCCAUGGCAACCAAAGGUGUCGUGAAGGGUGGGGCCAUUGCAACCAAAGGGAUCUCCAAGGCAUCGCAUGCUGCAGUAGACACAGCUGGAAACGCCGCAACCUUUGCAACUCCAUUUCUCAACUUCAUCCUGAUGGAUGAAAACCAGGGCCGUCGUCGUCGGUCGGGUCAUUGUGAUCCGGACGCAAGCGGAAGAUCCAGUACAACCAGUAGAGGACCAUACAUGGACUACAGCAAACGAUCCAACACAAGUCGGCGCAUCCUGGGCUACGGCAAGCCAUCCCAUCUUCACCAAGUCCCUGAGCGCCACCGAGGACCCCGGCGCGAGCGAGUAUCCCGGCGUGACCGAAUCCAAAUUCAAAAGGGCAAAAUGGACGGAAGCAAAAGAUCAAUGCGGGGCGCGCCUCCACGCGACCGCAGCAAUCAAUGCCAUUUGGACGAAAGCAAAAGGUCAAUGCGGGGUCAAGAACGCCGUCGCCCCCCGACCACCCAAGACCAAGUGAUCGCCACUACCGGCCGAAGAGAGCCCUCAAGGCACCGUGCUCGUGACCAUGUCACUUUCAAUGUUGGAUCAACACGACAACUUGAGGUUCGUCACCAUCAUCAACAUGGCAUUCGAGUUGACCGGGGCCAUUUGGGCGUGAUCAAAGGAACUCCUCCGGCAUAUUUAGAUCUGGCGGAAGAGAGAACCCGUCGCUUUUCUUUUUGAUCAGAAUGACGGAAGAUCAAGUGCAGCAACGACUGGCAGAAACUCCGUUCUUUUCUCCUUCCUCUCAGCCAGCGGGCGCACUGUACUUGUUGAUAUUCCGAAAUAUGAACUGCUUUUGUAUCCUGCUAAAGACUCUCCUUCAUUUCCUCUGACUUCCGAGAGCAGAAAACUAGCUAGGUAGUGCAUGUUCCUCCAAGUAACAAAACUGAAAGCCACACAAGACCAACGAUUCGAUUUCUUCAUUUAGGUUUGGAAUCCUACUAGGGGUGGAUUCCAAGACUUCACGGGGCCACGAAGCUACCGGUACUGCACCGUACGGUAACUGUAUGACGCUCUCAGCCAAGAAACCGCUAAAAGCUUGGAGUACCAAGCCCGCUGGAAGUGUUAUUUCAAGUCCGUUCAACCAUCUGUUGCUUUCGUCGAAGACUCGACCUGUGCUACCGACAUGUAGCGAGGCUAGAACGAUCAGUGACCACGCUUUUUGAGAAAAGCCCGGCCCUGCCUCCGGGGACAGGUAGACUACUGUACCGGUGCCUCGCAUAACUUUAACUCUAUCUUUCCAGCACCUGCCACUUCGAAGCUGCGUCCCGGCGAAAUUCGGCACAGGAGAGAACACUGCAGUCUGCAGAGACUCAUUAUUUGUCACCGGUAUCUUUCGCAAGAAGCCUUGUACUCUAGAGUAAUGAAGAGGUUUGAUUGUGAAUGGAAUGGCCAAGGAGGAAGUCUGUCCAUCACUGAUGAUGCCCUGAUCUUCUAUCCCUCUGUGGAUGGUUCCACUGGUGAGGUUUGGUUUGAGGAUGACGACAAAUCAACAGGAAAUGGGUAUGGUGAUGGCAAUGUUCUUUACGACAAUGAAAGUGGCAACUGUGAUUGCAUCGCUUUUGAGGAUGUCGCUACUACUGGUACAUGUACCAUCAAUGGGAAAUGGUGGACAGUGGUGAAGGUGGUUCAUGUGAAAAAGACACUUUUAGUGAUUUCGUUUCGCCCACCAGAGCCUUCCAUUGAGCUUCGAUUCAGGACUCUGCUGGGACAAGAAGAAGCCACCAGUCUCAUGUUGAGGGCACUCAACACAGACAAGCAGAGGAGGGCAGUCAGCACCAAUAGAUCAUUCUCUGCCAAAAUCAAGGAAGGACUCCAAGACGAAGCACUCACACAGCCACCAAAUAAAACUGACAAUCCCACUCCCGAACAACCACGCGAAAGAUCCACACGGGUUUCACAGAUCAGCGACAGUCUGACAGGCAAUCACCUUGGGAAUGACAAGGUGGCGGAAGAACCAGAGAUCCACUACUACAAAACUGCCCCCAGCACUACCAAUGAUGCGAAAAUCAUGGGGCUCAUGGAAGAACGCAUUCGGCUCUUGGAAGAACAAACGCACAAAGAUGAACAAAUCACAGCGCUGAUGGAACGCAUUGAACAGCUGGAACGCAAAGACCUGGAUGAUAAUUCCAUCAUGGGAAAAUCGUCGCCCUCCCUACUCAAACGAUUGGGGCAGUGCUUGGUCCAACACGUGCGCACCAUCUCUAACGUUGUUUUCACCUGGAAGACGGCACUCCUCGUUGUGUUGGUGUCUUUGAUUUGUCAGAUUGCAUUCCUGUUGAUAUACACCUCCCUCACCCGAAAUGAUUGCAUGACUGUCAUCAGUAUGAUCGACGAAGACUGGAGUGUAGAACACAUCACGAAUCAGUACGAUCCCAGCAAUGGACAAUUCAUUUGCAGUACGUCCACAAUCAACAUGCAAAUUUACAUGACAACAAAUGAGAAGUAUCAUCAGUGGUUCUCUCGAGAUCAUGGACACACCGACGCAAAUGUGGAUCUUUCGCGAUUUGGCUACGACUUUGUUGCCCCUGGUUGGAAGGGAAUUCCGGCACAGUUGCCAUUUGGACCACUCUUCGACCCCAACAACAUUGCCCAAGACCAGACCGGGUAUUGGCAUCGGUUUUCGCAAGAUGCUCUUUGGGACGACGAAUACUAUUACUAUUCAGGUGGCUGUGCCGAAGCUUGUUCCACUGUUGUUGCUGACUUUGGAUUCCACGCUUACAAUCCCAAAGAGCAUACAUUUGACUGUUGGUGUGGAUAUGAUGACAACAGCCAUCACCAGCAGCACCAAAAUGUAACGUCACGUGUUUGCCUUGCCAACUACAACACCUCAAUUCACAAGUACCAUGAUUGCACUGUCCCAUUGGUACCGGGAACUGACCGUCCCAGUGUGGAGGAAUUCAGAGCACAGCAAAUUUACGAUGAUGACUUCCUGGAUUCAGAACUCGACUGGAAAUUCUUUCACAACACCAAUUCUACAGAAUACUUUCUUUGGAACGACACGUUCUUUCGAUCGGCCCCAAUUGUGGUCUUCUCCAAACGUCAUCUAAGUUUGUUUGAUGAAUGCAAUGAAAGUGAACUAAAGGAUCUUUGCCAGCACCCUGGUGAUCUUGACGCAACCAACAGGUCCAAUAGAAAUGUGCCCACUGGAGAGCCCAUGAUUGACACGGAUGAACGCUUCUGGGGAGAUGAUACCUUUCUAGGUGACAGGUAUGCGGCUGGCAAGUGGGUACCAUGUUCCCUGUGGCCUCUUUCCUGUGAAGACUACAACAAGAAUGCCCAGGUGUGUGGUGGGCAAGAUCAAAUCCGGUGUGGGCUUAGUGCAGAACAGCAAUCAGAGAACGAGCAACAUCAACACGAGGUUUGGUGUGAUGGCCUGCUUUCUAUACAUUAUGUCACUUGCCCUGGCCUCCUCGUGUCUCUUGGUGCAAGCAUGGGGUACCUUGUCUAUGUGGAAGCUGCAGUUGUGGGGACCAUUGCUGUGAUUUAUACGUGCGUGAAGAAACAGAAGGAAAACCAUGCAACGGUGGCGACAACGGCUGCGGUGGGGGGUUCCAUUUGGGAUGCUUUCUUCCGAUGAUAACAGUCGCUGCCAGGCUGGCUAGCUAGCUGUACAAUACAUCUUGUAUUAGUUUAUGUUUGAUGCAUAGUU